AUGGAGCACGUGACUCCCCUUGCAGCGGAGGUGGGCGAUCCUCCGGCUCAUAGAGUCUGGAAGACCCCGGCUUCAGAUGCCGGUCCCAGCACCGAGCCCGCGCCCAAGCGCCAGAAGAAGUCCAGCUCCGGGCCUCCUGGAAGGAAGAGGAAGCAUGAGAUUCCGGUCGCCACCGGACCCGCCCUGGAACUUAACAGGAGUGCGUCCGGUAUGAGGCCGGAGACCGCCAAGGACGCCGGAAGGGCCACGCCUCCUCCUCAGCAAAGUCCUGCACCCUCCAGUGCCGGCAAAGCUCCAUCCUCCCCUCGAGGAGGUAAAACAAGUUCGGGGCGCGCGGCCCCAAAAUCGAAACAUCACCGCACGGAGGAGGAUCUCACUUCCCCUCCAGAAUAUGAAGACACCGGCGCCAGCAACAUGGGUGCCGGUUCAGAAGAAGUCGUACAGUCGGAACCUUUGGUUCCGCCCGUCCUUGAGAAAAAGAAACAAGCAUCCGAUGCUUCCCCCUCCAAGACUUUGUCAAUUGCACCACCGCCAUCCUCCUCGCCGGCCAAGGACGCUCCCGCGCCAACGUCGGCUUCUGCCAGCAAGCCUCCACUGGCCCCCCGGAAGAGUUCCCGGAAGGGCACCGAGGUCACCGCCGAGCAGCUCGCUAGCGCUGUUACGGCUGCGGUGGCCCCAGCUACCGGCUCUCAGGCCCUCACCUUGCACGCUGGGCGUGCGGCCAAGGAAGCCAGCGAGAAGGUCUUAGCGCAGCUGGGCCGGAUCAUUGUGAUGAACCGCGGCGACGCCAAUCUGGGCGACCUGCAGCGCUAUGUUGACAAAUGGAACCUCUCGAACCUCUCCGAGGCCACUCUUGGCGUCGGCAGGGACCGGCAGGUGAUAAUUGACUCACACAGCCCCCAGAACACCAUGCAACACCUUGGCCGGCUCAAGCAAGCCGUGCGAGAGCUUGACAACGCCUGGCACGAUGCUCACAACAACGUGUUGGGCAUGCUAGACUCCCGGAAGCAGCUGUUUGAGGAACUGUUGUGGGAGCACCGGGACCUCGUCGAGGCCUUUGCCUCCCUCAAGCUGACCCACAGCCAGUGCCAAGCUGCCUUGCCCGAAGCCUCCCUCGACGACCUUACCAGCCAGAUUGCCGCGCUCAAGGCUGAAAAGGAUGAGUUGCUCCUCCAGCACCAACGUGAGCUGAAAGCCCAACGGGACGAAGCCGCCAAGCUCAAGGAUCAAUUGAUCGAAGCUAGGCUGAAGCACGCUAGGUCGUUGCAGGAGGCCAUUGCUGCCGGCGACGCCAAGGUGGAGGAGGCCCGGAAGCAAUUUGCUGAGGCCGAGGGGCAGCUGCGGGCAGAGCUUGAGGAGGAUACCAAGCUGUUGCACCUGGAGCAGGACCGGAACGCUGAGCUUGUGGCGAACCAGGCUUCUCUUGAUGAAAUGAUCAUGGAUACCGAUGCCCAAGCGCUCAAGUUGUUUCUGGAUUCUCAGGCACGCGCGUAUGCGAGAGUCACCAAGCUCUGGGCUGAGAACUUGGUUCCCGACGCCGACGCUCCCUGGAACUCAUAUGACCACCUCGUCGCGCUGCACUCCUGGGUCACGUACAUGAGUGUCGUCGACCAUCAUCUUAGCGAGCUGCCGGAAGCCGCCCUUAAAAUCUUCAAGUGCCUCUAG